AUGUUGGAGGCGUCUCGGUGCCCACAUGAUAAUGAUGCCAGUGUGAUUUGUUCAGGAUCUGAGCAGAUCUGGCUGGAUGAUGUGAACUGCUCUGGGAAUGAAUCCAGUCUCUGGGAAUGUCCAUCUGGAGGAUGGGGUUUGCAUAACUGCAGGCACAACGAAGAUGCAGGAGUUGUCUGUUCAGAAAACAAACAGAUUAGACUUGUGAAUGGGACAGAUCACUGCUCUGGGAGAGUGGAGAUUUAUUAUAAUGGCACCUGGGGAACAGUCUGUGAUAAUUCCUGGGAUCUAUCAGAUGCCAACGUUGCUUGCAAACAACUGAGAUGUGGACACGCCAUCAAUGCAACUGUCGCUGCUAGAUAUGGGCCAGGAUCUGGGAAGAUCUGGCUGGAUGAUGUGAAUUGCUCUGGGAAUGAAUCCAAUCUCUGGGUGUGUCCUUUCAGGGAAUGGGGUCAGCACAACUGUGGGGAUCAUGAAGAUGCUGGAGUUAUCUGCUCAGAUCUUCGGCCCAAACAGAUCAGACUGGUGAAUGGGGCAGAUCACUGUGCCGGCAGGGUGGAAAUUUAUUACCAAGACACCUGGGGGACAGUCUGUGAUGACUCCUGGGACCUAUCGGAUACCAAUGUUGUUUGCAAAGAAUUGGGAUGCGGACACGCCAUCAGCGCACCUGGCUCAGCUCAUUAUGGGCAAGGAUCAGGGGAGAUCUGGCUGGAUGAUGUGAACUGUUCUGGAACUGAAACCAACCUUUGGGCAUGUCCUUCCAGGGGAUGGGGUCAGCACAGCUGCGGGCAUCACGAAGAUGCAGGAGUGCUCUGCUCAGGAAGCAAACAGCUCAGACUGGUGAAUGGAGCAGAUCAUUGUGCUGGGAGAGUGGAGGUUUAUAAUGAUGGCACCUGGGGCACAGUCUGUGAUGAUUACUGGGAUCUACUGGCUUCGAAUGUUGUUUGCAAACAACUGGGGUGUGGACACAUCAUCAAUGUAACUGUCUCUGCUUAUUAUGGGGAAGGAUCAGGGCAGAUCUGGCUGGACAAAGUGAAAUGCUCUGGAACUGAAUCCUACAUCUGGGAGUGUCCUUCUAGUAGAUGGGGUAAGAAUAACUGUGGACACAGCGACGAUGCAGGAGUUCUCUGCUCAGGAAGCAAACAGAUCAGACUGGUGAAUGGGGCAGAUCAUUGCUCUGGGAGAGUGGAGAUUUAUUACAGUGGCUCCUGGGGGACAGUCUGUGAUAAUUCCUGGGCCCUUUCAGCUGCCAAUGUCGUUUGCAAAGAAUUAGGAUGUGGACACGCCAUCAAUGCACCUGGCUUGGCUCAUUAUGGGGAAGGAUCAGGGCAGAUCUGGCUGGAUUAUGUGAAUUGCUCUGGAAGCGAAUCCUAUCUUCGAGACUGUUCCUCCAAAGGAUGGGGUCAGCACAACUGUGAGCACAGUAAAGAUGCUGGAGUUGUCUGCUCAGGAAGCAAACAGAUCAGACUGGUGAAUGGGGCAGAUGGUUGCUCUGGGAGAGUGGAGAUUCAUUACAGUGGUACGUGGGGGACAGUCUGUGAUGAUUCCUGGGACACAUCAGAUGCCAAUGUCGUUUGCAAAGAAUUGGGAUGUGGACACGCCAUUGAUGCCCCUGCCUCAGCUCAUUAUGGGGAAGGAUCAGGGCAGAUCUGGCUGGAUGAUGUGAGUUGCUCUGGAAAUGAAUCCUAUCUUCGGGACUGUUCCUCCAGCGGAUGGGGUCAGCAUAACUGUGGGCAUGGUGAAGAUGCUGGAGUUCUCUGCUCAGGAAGCAAACAGAUCAGACUGGUGAAUGGAGCAGAUCGAUGUGCUGGGAGAGUGGAGAUUUAUUACAAUGGCAUCUGGGGGACAGUCUGUGAUGAUUCCUGGGACACAUCAGAUGCCAAUGUCAUUUGCCAAGAAUUGGGAUGUGGACGCGCCCUUAAUGCAACUGGCUCAGCUCAUUAUGGGGAAGGAUCAGGGCAGAUCUGGCUGGAUGAUGUGAGUUGCUCUGGAAGCGAAUCCUAUCUUCGGGAUUGUUCCUCUGGUGGAUGGGGUCAGCAUAACUGUGGGCACGGUGAAGAUGCUGGAGUUCUCUGCUCAGGUCUGUUCUUUGAAAGUGUUAUUGAAUCUAAUUAA